AUGAGUCGAGUGUGUUAUUUCUAUGAUCAAAAUGUUGGAGAAUUUGAUUAUGGAUUUGGACAUCCAAUGAAACCAUUAAGAAAUAAAUUAGUACAUCACUUAAUUAUGGAAUAUGGAAUAUACAAACGACUAAAUAUUUAUAAACCAUGGAGAGCAACAAAUGAACAAAUGGAAAUGUUCCAUUCUAAAGAAUAUAUUGAUUUUUUACAAAGAGUUACACCAGAAAUGGCAUUACAACCUCAUUUUAAAAAGUCAUUAGAAGAAUUUAAUUUUACAGAUGAUUGUCCAGUUUUUGAAGGAUUAUAUCCAUUUGUUCAAACAGUUGUAGGAAGUUCAUUAGGAUGUGCUAUGAAAAUUAAUGAAAGAGCAGCAGAUAUUUGUGUAAAUUGGUCAGGAGGAUUACAUCAUGCAAAGAAGUCACAAGCAUCAGGGUUUUGUUAUAUUAAUGAUAUUGUAUGUGCUAUAUUAGAAUUACUUAAAGUUCAUUCAAGAGUACUUUAUAUUGAUAUUGAUCAUCAUCAUGGAGAUGGAGUUGAAGAAGCAUUUAAAGCUACAAAUAGAGUAAUGACAUUUUCAUUACAUAAAUAUGGAGAUAAUUAUUUUCCUGGAACAGGAGAUGUAGAUGAAGUUGGAAUUGAUGAAGGCAAGAAUUAUAGUAUUAAUGUACCAUUAAAAGAUGGAAUUAAUGAUGAAGGAUAUCACAGAUUAUUUUAUCCAAUAAUAGAUAGAAUUAUGGAAGUUUUUCAACCAAGUGUAGUUGUAAUGCAAUGUGGAGCAGAUAGUUUAAAUGGAGAUAGAUUAGGAUUUUUUAAUUUAUCAAUUCAAGGACAUUGUGAUUGUAUGAAAUAUGUUAAAAAAUUUGGACUUCCAAUGAUUCUUGUUGGAGGAGGUGGAUAUACUGUAUCUAAUACUGCAAGAUGUUGGUGUUAUGAAACAGCAGCAGCUUGUGAUUUAAAUAUUCCUGAUCAAAUUCCAAUUAAUGAUUAUUUAGAAUAUUAUGUUCCUGAUAUGAAAAUCACUAUUUCUACAAAUCCACAAAUGAAAAAUUGUAAUAGUAGAAAUUAUAUUGAAGAUAUAUUAAAUAAAGUAAUGGCAAUUCUCGAAGAAGUAGGAAAUUCUAAUUUACCUAUUGUUCAAUUUACUAAUCCACCUCGUAUUGAUGAACAUACAAUAGAAAUGGAAAUAGAUGAAGACCAACAAGAUUUUAAUGAUGUUUCUAAUGGAUUUAUUAGAGAUAUACCAUUAAAUAUAGAUUCAGAUGAAGUAAUAAAGAUGUACACUGAACCAUUACCAAUUUAUCCAAAAAGUAAGUUAUUCUGUACUGAAAAUUUCAAAGAAUUUGAAUAA